GCCAAUCGCAGAUGAAGUAGCAUAACGUAAACAGAUCAUCAUGGCAGAACAGACGGAAGAUUUAAAGGCGUUUGAGAGGAGGUUGACAGAAGUUAUAGAUAAGCUUCAGCCAGCAGCCAGGUUCUGGAGAAUCAUACUGAUCUUCAUCUCUGUGUGUACAGCAGUAGGGGCAUGGACAUGGCUCUGGGACCCCCUUACACCUCAGGUAUCAUUCACCCAGUCUCUGCUAAACCAUCCUUUCUUCACCAUCAGCUGCCUAGUCCUCGUCAUGCUCUUCCUCUGGGGCAUCCACAAGCGGGUGGUGGCACCAUCCAUAAUUGCUUCGAGAUGCCGGCAAGUCCUUGGAGAUUAUAACAUGUCCUGUGAUGACACAGGGAAGCUUAUUUUGAAGCCCAGGCCAUCAACCUGACAUAAAGACCUAGCCUAGAGCCAGUGGAGGACUUUCAGUGCAGUACAUGUAUUACCAGUGCAUAUCACACCGCUUGCCUGCAGCCAGCAUCCAUGUCUGGGGCCCAUCAUCAUACAGCACUUGGCCCUGAUUGAGGAUGCUGUAGCAGCAGGAUGAAGGUUGAUCAGCAUCUAUUAACCAGCUGUAUAAUUGUUAACUGAGGGGACAAUAUGUAUGACAUUUUAGUUUGAAUUUUAUUGAAUGUUUUUCCCCUUAGUAUGUGUAUGGACUGAGAAAAUAUGACAGUGUGUUGUGAUGAUGUUCAGCUGGAUGACUAUUUGUGGGGAAAUCAUGUAUGAGACCAUGAUGAAUCAUACAAAUUGGAAUAUACAUGGAUAUGUGUCUUCAUUUAUACCUCACCUUGAUAUUUUGUAGUCAUGCUGUCAUUGAUUGUAUGUAAUUAACAAACACUGAAUGAAAUAAUAGAUCCAGAGAAGGCAUUGUAUAGGGAUAUACAGUACAACCAGAAAUUAUUGAGAAUUUAAAGAUUGUAAA